ACUUGGAGCGCGCAUAUUGGGAGCGGGGCAGCCGCAAUCAUGCUUCAGAUACACCGAACGACGUAGUUUGACGACCAUGCGCCGCGUCUGGGGCCAUUUCCGCCGGGGCAGCGACGAGGAGCUGCCCUCCUUCGAGGAGGCGGUAGCCGCCGACGCGCGGCUCCGCGGCGCUGCUCGAUUGGCGGUCCUCGACGCAUCGCGCCUCCAGCGUCGCUCAGCGCGCGCGUUUCGGAGCUGGAACGCGCAUACGGUCUCUCUGAUUGUCUCCGACGCCCGGGAGAAGCAGUACGCGGCCCAACUGCGAGCCAAGGACGGCGAGAACGCCCAGAAGAUCUCCGAGGCGCUCUCCGAGGCCUACGCGGGCCACGCCGCCGAGCUCGCGGCGCAGGCGCGAGAGCACGAGGAGUCCAAACAACUCGCGCUCGCGGGCCAGCGCGCGUCCUUUGAGGGGAAGACACCCACUAAGAAGAAGAAGACGCCCGGCAAGGGCCAACACUCUGAUAAACUCGUGGAGAAGGCCUUCGCCGACCGCCAGAGCCGCCACGACGACGCCAUUAAAAGUUUGAGACGGUCCCACGACGCGAAAUUGGUAGCGCUGAAGGCGUCGCACGCCAAAGAACUCACGAUGGUCAAGACGGCUAUCUCAUUGGAGAAGGAUCAAGAAAGGGUUACUGCGGUCAACGAUGCUUUAAGAGCGGCAGAAAAGAUACAUACGGAACGGAUGAAGGAGCGCGCGUUUGUCAUUGAAGGUAGGACGCCGUGCAAGACGCCUGGUAGAGAACGUGCGGCGCGGGCAACCGCCGAUGACGUCUCGCCGGAGACGCUGGCCCAGCGCGCGGCGCCGGGCGCGGCACGCAGUGCGGAUUUACGAGCUUUGUGUUUGGUCCUGAACGCGAAGGCGCGCCACCGGUCACAUGCAACUAUGGCGUCCCGCUUCGCGGCGUGGGGCCACGCUACAAAAACGACGACGCAGAAGGCGAGGGCCGCGCGCUUGUUGAGGGCGAUGACGGACCGCAUCAUAACACAAGUAAUGCAACGACGGGCCUGGCGGCUCUGGCGCGACAUACUCAUAGCGAAGCGCGUCUUCGUGGAAGCGGAAGUGCGGCAACGGGAAAUUGGUGAAGAAAACGAAGCGAGGUUGCGGUUGCUGCGCGUGGACUACGACCAGCUGACGGCCGAGCGGCAGCACGAUUUAGAUAACGACCUGCAGGGCGUGUCGGAGAACGUCGAGCGGAACCAGAUCGAGCGCUUCAGCAAAGAACUCGAGACGCAGAAAGCGAAGCUGGUCCGGCAGAAUUCGCAACAUGCGCACGAGCUCCAGACGACGCAGUCCAAAUUACUCGAGCGAGCCAACGAGGCCGUGGUGAAAGCUGUUAGACAGAGAGAGCAGGAGCUCGAGGCGGCCCACGCGUUGGUGCUGCACGACCUGAACAAGCAGUGGCGGUCGAAAAUGGCGGCGUUGGUCGACAAGCAGCAGGGCGACGUCGAUUACUUGCGCGUGUCGUGUACGACGGAAUUAGAAAGCGCCGUCGAUUCGCUGAAGUUCGAGCACGAGCGCGAGCUGAGUGCUCGGCGGAAGGCCCAAGCUUCUCAACUCGAGGCUGAGAGGGGCGUGCGGGACGCCGCGUUGGCUGCGAUUUCUGAUGCGCAGACGGCCGCGAGGAAAGCCAGGGCGGCGCGGCUACUGUGCAUGGCAUUUGCGCGGUGGGCGUCGCAGUCCGUCGGGGGUGCCUUUGUCUUCUGGCGCGGCGUGACCCGCACCAUCUUCCUCGUCGAAGAUCAGCGGGCCCGCGCUUCGCGCCUGUUCGGUCUAGCUUUACAGAGAUGGGCCCUGAAGUCGCAGGCGUGCGCGUUCGUCUGCUGGCGGUCGACGACGUCCGAACUUUUGCUGAUCGACGACGCGCGCCGACGGGCGACCCGACUACUAGCUCAGUCACUGCAACGACUGAUGCGGCAGUCCGAAGGCGGCGCGUUCGUUUGGUGGCGUCGCGUGACUGCCGAGGCGCGCGCCAGCGAGGAGGCGCGCGCACAUGCUGCAAACCUAUUUGGCCUGGCGCUGCAGCGGUGCAUGAGACAGUCAGUACAAGGGUCGUAUCUCUGGUGGUCCACGACCACAAGGGACGCGAGGCGUCUCGAAGAGCGCCGGGCACUGGCGAUGAAGCUUUUCUCGGAAGCUUUACAGCGUUGCAUGAGGCGGUCCGAAGGCGGCGCCUUCAUCUGGUGGCAUCGGGUGGCGUCUGAGGCGCGCGCUAGCGAGGAGGCGCGAGCGCACGCCGCCAACCUAUUUGUGCAAGCGCUGACGCGCCUCGCGCACAAGCAUACGGGCGGCUGUUUCAUGCUGUGGCGCCGCACCCUAAGGCUGCAAGACCAAUACCGCUCAGCGGCCCGGCUGUUCGGCCAGGCUCUGUGGCGGCUCGCCCGCAAGUCCGCGUCGGCGGCGUUCCUCUGGUGGCGACGAUCCACUGCCAUCGCGCGCGACGCCGAGGCGCAGCGCCUGCGGCUAAUCGAAGCUGAACAAGCAGCGACGACGGCGAAGCAGCGCGCUGCGAUAGCUCUGGAACGAGUGACUAGAAGAUGGGCCAGGACGUGCGUCGACGGGUCGUUCGAGUGGUGGCACCGCUGCGCCGCGUACGCACGAGCAAGUGAAGCAGCGAAGUACCGUGCAACUUUACAGUUACAGCGCUCAUUUUCGCGGUGGGCGCAGAAAUCGGCCGCUGGGGCCUUUUUGUGGUGGCGGAGAGUAGUUGCCUCGCAGAAGGCGCUGGAGAGCGAGCGUCUCGCAAAGGAACGCGCGCUCGCCGCGCUCGAGCGCGUCGCGGUGCGGUACCUACGCCGGUCGGUGAGCGGAUCCUUUGAAGUCUGGGACCGAGCACUGGCAAUCGAGCGGCAGCGGCAACGUGGCGUUCAUCUGUUCGAUGUCGUACUGCGAAGGUGGGCGCGGCAAUCGGUCGCGGCGGCCUUCGUUCGUUUACAGCGCGAGGCGGACAUCCAGCGCCAGCUGCUCGCCGCGGAGAUGCGCCACGCCGCCGCGCGCGAUAGAUACGAUUCCCAAAAGGAGGCCGAGUCCGCCGAGGCGCUGCAGGCCCUCGAGGCGCGGCUCGUCAAUGAAUUCGCGGCGGAACGCGCGGCGUUCGAACGCGACGCCGGCGAACGCCUCGAGGCGGAGCGGGCAUCGUUGAUGAGCCAGCACGGCGCGGCGCUCGCCGCGCUGGCCGCGGAACGGGCGAGGAGCGAGGAACUCCUCGCCAACCAAAGCGACGCGGACGUGACCGUGCUACGGAACGAGUACGCGCUGCAGACGGACCGCACCGCGGCGGCCCACGCCUGCGCCCUCGCCGAGGCUCGUUUACUCUACGGCGACGACCUCGCGGAGCUCCAGGGGCAAUUGGACGACGCCCAGCAGGCGCUGCGCGACGCGCCCGAGCCCGUUGACAAUCAAGACGAGCUGCUCGCGCUGGAGGCGGAAGCCUCAGCCCAGGUGCGGGGCAUGUCCCUGAGUAUGGCCGUGGUCUUCUUCUCGAACGCGCUGGAGGCACGGAGCCGGCGGCUCCUUGCGAGGGCCUUUGCGGUCCUCAAGGCCGCGGCGGCCUCGGCGUCGGCUGUAGCUCUCAGGGAUAUAGACCACGCCGAUGCGUUGCGAGAGGUGGUGCUUGAGUCCAACAAGGCGGCGGCGCGAGUCACCGGGAGUUCGGAUCUCGCGCGCGUGCUCUGGACCUUCAUGAGACGGCGCCAUGUGGGUGCCUGGAAUCAGUGGCGGCGCGUCGCGCUCUACCAGCGCUUCUGCAACGAGCGGGAUAUCCUACUGGAAUCCCACACGUCCGAACUUUCUUCCCUGAAGGAAGAGUUCGCAGCGGAGCAAGAAGCAAGCAGGGAUGCUGCGCAGCUUGAACUCGAGGACGCCGUGGCCCGCGCUUUGUCCGAGGGAGAGAGGGCAUCACUCAAGGCGCUCGCCGACCGCGAGGCCCUCGCCGAAUCUACAUUGGAGGCGCGUGAGCAGGAGCUUUUGGCAUAUCAUGGGGCCGACAUGGACGCGCUCGACGCGAAGCAUCAGCGCGAAAUCGAGGCCGCCGUCGCGGACGCGGAGCAGCGCAUGCGGGCCCAGCGCGAGGCGGCGGAGCGGGCGCUGGUAGAAACGCAUCGGAGCACGCUCAAAAGUGCCCAGUCGACGUACGAGGCAGCGGUGAAGGCGGCUUUAGCCGAUAAGGACCGCGCGCGUCUGCUCCAGGCGCAGAAGCAGGCCUUGCAACGGGUCCUGAGGGUGCUGCGGCGAUGGCUGCGCGAGUCGCUGGCCGGCUCUUUUGUCUGGUGGCGUCGAGCGGUGACCCAAUCCCUGGAGGGCCAGGACCUAACAGCAGUGCGGCUGCUGGAACGAACAGUGGCACGAAUCGGUCGGCGGCACGUGGGCUUUGCUUUCGCGUCCUGGGUGCGUGUGAUGAAACGCGAGGAAAGGAGACGGGCGGCCCUGCGUGCGUUCGACAGAAGUCUGAGAAGGUGGUGCCGGAGCUCCGCGACGGCCUCCUUUGUCUUCUGGCGGGGCAUUACUCAAGCGGCCGCGGCCCAGGAGAGGGCAGCGCGCUUGCUUGACCAAGCGCUGAAUCGCAUGGCGCGGGCGUCAGAAGCAGGGGCAUUUGUGUGGUGGCGCCGCGUGGCCUCUCAGGCGCGUGCCAGUGACGAAGCUCGCGUUCACGCGGCAAACUUAUUCAGUCAGGCGCUGACGCGCCUCGCACACAAGCACACGGGCGGCUGCUUUAUGCUGUGGCGGCACGCUUUGUUAUUAGAGGACCAGCAAAAACAGGCCGCGCGUUUCCUGGAGCAUGCGAUAGCACGAAUGGCGCGAGGGUCCGUAGGCGGCGCCUUCGUGUGGUGGCGCCGAGUCGCGACGAACGCGACGAAUGCUCUAUAUGCAAAGCACCGCGCGUCGCGCGCCCUCACGCGAGUUAUGAGGCGCUGGUCACGCAUUUCGAUGGCGGGGGCGUACCUUUGGUGGGCCCGCGCGACGCGCGACGGGAGAGCGUUAGAAGAUUCCAAGCGUCUAGCGACGCAACUCUUCACGCGGGCCCUCGAGCGGCUGGCAAGGAAGUCAUGGACCGCAGCAUACUUAUUGUGGCGGAAAAGGACGACAGACGCUAGAAAUGCCGACUCCUCGCGGAGCCAGGGCGCGCUCCUGGUCACACGAGCCCUCCGCGGUGCUCGCGAGCGGCGCGCGGUCCUCCGGGCCUUUUUGAAAUGGCAGGCGUUCAGCGACGCCGUCGCGCAGUAUCUCUUGAUCGAGGACGAGCGCGAGCGCGACCACGACCUGGCAUUGCGCAAGGCGGUCUCGGGCAUGAGAACCGCGCUGCUCAAGGCAUCGGCGGGGUCGGCGCUCAUACGCAUCACGCGGCGAUCGCGAUUCUUCCAAGCGUGGCGCGCGUGGAAGGCCUUGAGUGUCCAGGCUGUGGCGACGCGCCGGCUGAACCGAGUCUGCCGACGCUGGUGCCGCAUGUCCAUCUACGGCUCCUUUGAUUGGUGGCGUCGCGUCGUCGUCGAUGCGGUGGCGGCGGAGGAAGCGCAAAAACGGGCAGCGCGCUUGUUUGGUGCGGCGUUGCAGCGGUGGAGUGUCAAGUCGCGGAGUGGCGCCUUUGCCUACUGGAGAAUAGUUGCCACGGAAGCUCGAGAUGCAGAUGAGCUCCAUGGUCGCUCGGUACGCUUGCUAGACCAAGCUUUGUCGCGAAUCGCUCGCAAAUCGGUGGCGGGCGCGCUGCUGUACUGGCGACGCACUAUCGAGCUUGAGAAUCAAAGGCAGGACGCCCUGAUUGCCUUCGGUCGCGUGAUGAGGCGGUGGCUCCGGAGCUCGCUGGCUGCCUCGUGGGUGUACUGGCGUCGCGUUGUUGCGGACCAGAGCACGUUAGACGAUAUGCGGCACCACGCGGCGGUGUUGUUUGAGCAGGCGCUGUGCCGACUGGCCCGUACAUCACGAGGCGCGGCGUUUGCAUGGUGGGCGCGGAUUGCGAGAGCCAUGCGUCGCGCGGAGGAAGCGCAGGAAAGAGCUGCACGCUUGCUCGGCCAAGCGCUGAAUCGCAUGGCGCGGGCGUCACAAGCGGGGUGCUUCGUGUGGUGGCGAGGGGUCGUGCGGGAGGCGGUCUCAACCGAAGCUGCCCGCAAACAUGCAUCAAUCCUAUUCGAGCAAGCCCUGUGUCGCUUCGCGCGGAAAUCGGUGCAAGGGGCGUUCGCCUGGUGGCGCCACACAAUCAGGCUGCAAGACUGGCACCGGGCGGCGGCCCGGCUGUUCAGCCAGGCACUGUGUCGCUUGGCACGCAGCUCCGAAAGUGCCUCAUUCGUCUGGUGGCGCGGCGUCGUCCGGCAGGAGAUUGAGGCCGAGGCGGCAAAGCGCCGCAGCGCGUCAGCGAUGGAGCGUGUUGUGCGAAGGUUCGCCCGCACGUCGACGAGAGGUAGCUUCGAGUGGUGGCGGCACGUCUGUUCACACCUUGUGGCGGCGGAAGAACAGCAGCUCCUGGCCACGAAACUCAUCACCAGAGGUCUAGUGAUGUGGGCCCGCAAGUCCGCAGCGGGUGCCUUCCACUUCUGGCGAAGGCAAGCGCUACGCUUGAAGGAGAUCGAGGACUCGUGGAACCAAGGCACAAAGCGCAUGUGGCGCUCGUUCCGGCGUUUAGUGGAGAACCGCCAGAGGCGCUUCUUCUUCCGCUGGCGCAGCAGCGCGGUCCCGAGGCAGCUGGCCCUGGCCGAUCCUCGCGAGCGCCUGCACCUGCUCUUGCGCAACGCUGUUUUAAGGUGGGAACACACCACCGAGGCCGCAGCAUUUGGAACCUGGAGGCGGCGCACUGCAUCCUAUUCCUCAAGGGAACUCUCUCUGCACUUCCUCGAGCGUAUCGUCCGGCGCCACGCCAAGAAGUCGCUUCACACAAAUCUUUUGGCCUGGAGGUUAAGGGCAAAGCACACGGCCGUGUCGGCCGUCGCGGGCGCGGCCAAGCGAAGAUACGAGGAGUUAUUGUCGAUGGACGCGCGAUGUGCCUCUCUGGUCGCCGAGGCGGCCCGACGCUCGGAAGUGCACCGGCUUCAGUUGCUCCUUCUGCGCGGCUCCUGUGUCGACGCCGGCCUCUGGAUGCUCGCGGGCCGGCACGCGAACUCGAGAAAGAGGGCGCUGCGCCGCGGCUUCGACGCCUGCGGUCGAGCCCUGCGGCGUUUCCGCGUGAUGAACCGAUGCAUUCGUCGGCUGGCACACUUCCACGCCGCUGUCGCGCUGAACCGCUGGAGAGUCGCGGCGGGCGCACGUACGCGAGCUAUUGCGGCGUUGCGGGCCUAUGGUUUGCACCUGAACGCCCGCGGCCGCGCUGAUGCGCUGAGACGUUCCCUGACGACAUGGCGCCGCGCCUGCGACGGUGGAGCCCUGCGUCUGCAAUUGGAGGCGCGCGAUGCGGCGGCGGCGAGAGCUGCUGCAGACGCCGCGGCGGAGAUCCGAGCGGUGCGCGAGGAGGUUAACGAUGCGGUAAGAGCGGCGACGCAACGCGUCCGAGAGGCGCGUGACGACCGAGAGGCCGCCAUGCUUGACGCGCAGCGAAGAGAUCUAUCUCUAAGACAUACGGCGGAGCUCGAAUUUCUCGAGGCUGAGGGCGAUGCUAGGACAAAGCGGCUUGUGCUGGGCGGCGUGUGCGCCAGAUGGGCGCGGCGGUCGCGGGCCGGGGCGUUCAUUUUCUGGCGUGAGAAUAGAAGGACGAUUGAAGCAACGAAAUCGCGUAGCUUGACUCUGCUCCCGAGGCUCGUCCACAGCCUCUCGAUGCGAUGCGAGCGACGCCAGCUGACCAAGACGCUACGCCAAUUGCGGAGGCACGCGCUCGAGGUGAGAAGACGCCAGAUAAACUCGUCGCAAGGCAUACGUAAAUUGAAGAGGCGUCUAGCCAUCUGGAUAAGGCGGAGGCGCCACUCUGCUUUCCAAACAUGGCGGGAGAACGCGCACGAUAAGCAAUGGCGCCUCGCGUUGGCAUGUGGAAGAGUCUACCAGUGCAUGCGCCGGCGCUCUCGCUGGCGCCGACGUGCGGCCUGGCGGAUCUGGUGCGAAAGGGUCAAGGACAUCCCGAGGGCUUGCCAGCUCCUCAGUCGCCUCCUCCACCGCUCGGCCAUAAGCAGAUUGAUGGGAGCCUUCAGGCAAUGGAAUGAUCACUAUUCCUUCAUGUACGAGCUCCACAAGGCGCUUGGGAAGAGCGUCCUCAAGCAAAAACAGGAAUUACUGGAGACAAAGCGCAAGUUAAAGUUGAGUCAGACGACGCCGAACAAAGCAACGGAGCGGGUAUCUGCGCGGAACCGUACUUUGGAGAAAAUGCUACGAGAGCGCGAGGUGAAGACCGACAAAACGGUCGCAGCACUGCAGACAGAGGUGGAUACGCUGAGACGUCGCGUCAAGAUGCUCCUCGAGGUGCAGUCUCCUCCUGAGACGCCGCCCAGGACGCCUUCGCGCAGAACUAGUUUCGACUCGCCGCGGUCGCGCGCGGGCUCCUUCCGGAGCAAGUUCGACGUCGCCGCGGCGCGCUUCAGUCCGUGAUGCAACAACCGCCGAGGCCGCCGCGCCACGACAACGGCAUCCAUGCCCACAAUUCACCCCGCCCGCCGGGCCACAUAUGUUCUAAUGUCAUUCAUAAUCU